CGUCAACGUGCCAGGUCAAUAUGAGAUGACCAAAUACGGAAAAAAAGCUUUUAUACGUGGUUUUCUCACCCCACACCUUAGGGAGCAAACCACCUGUGGUGUCUUGAUAGCCCUGCGGCUCCAAAAUCACUUCUAGGUUGAAGCAAAAGGCAGAAGAUCUCUUGCAAUGCUGAUAAAGAAAAGAGCCAAUUGAAAGUAACGAAGCAAAAGUAUGGCAGGAGGUUUAAGUUGCAACGGAGAUCCUACAUUGAGUCGAGUUUGUAGAGAUUUUCUACGAAAUGUCUGUCAUAGAGGAAAACGGUGUAAAUAUCUUCACGAACGAUCGGAUGAUGACCCUGCAGAUGAAUAUACAUUCUGCCAUGAUUUUCAAAACGGCAUUUGUAACUGGCCCGGAUGUCGUUUUUUACACUGCACAGAAAGUGAAGAAAAACAUUUCAAAGCAACGGGCGAACUACCUCCACAUAUAUUGAGUAAUUUGAAAUCAACCAGUGAUAAAUCCGAACUUCCAUUGUGUAAGGAUUUUAUUAAAGGUAGUUGUCAACGCGUCAAUUGUAAGUAUAGACAUUACAAAAAGGAAGAACCAAAACACCCUAUGGUACCACCACCCCAUCAUAAUGUUGCUAGACCUCAACAUAAUUUCAAUGGAGUCAGCAACGGUGAAAAUCGAAGAUAUGAAGAAGAAAGAAGUUUUCACUGGCAAAUGGAAGAGCCACAUCCAUUAGUCCAUAACAAUGGGUACAACCCUCCUACUCAUCCUCCUGAUUAUUUGGGACCUCCUGAAGCAAAGCGACGAAUCGUUUCGGGUCAAACCGUUGUGCAUUUCGAAGCCUCGCCUUUGGUUGGACAGCAUUCAACUCAGCCUGUACCAUCGGGCUACUACUAUCCUGUGAUUCCUCGGAACGAAGCUAGGGCUAUUAUUUUAGAAGAUGAAAACGCGCUGCUCAGAAAAAAAAUUGAAGAGUUGAAAAAACAGGUCAGUGAUUUGACGGCAACCAACGAGUUCUUACUUGAUCAAAAUGCACAACUAAGAAUGUCUGGUAAAAGAACAACAAAUGUCACUUCCGUAACAGUUCCAGCAGUCACAAUUACAAAUACUGUACCUCCGUCUCAAGCCCCAACACCUCAACAAAUGGUCAAUGCCGCUGUUGCGGCUGGAACUUUGCGAACGGUAACAGCUAGUGUAGCAACAGUUCCUGUUAGCAUAGCUACUGUAACUCCGGUAUCUAUCGCCGCUGUUUCUAUGGCACCAGUUUCUAUACCACCUCCUAUAGUUACUAUGGCUCAACAAACUAUUACCAUGAGUGGCUCUGGUCCUCAACCAACAAAUCAACAACCGCAAAAUGCUCAACAACAAACGAAUUUACCUCUUUCAAUUUCUGGUCCAACAGCGCCACUUGUUUCCUACCCAAUUAUGACGCAAGAACUCAGACCUGUUCUACAAUAAAGAUUGUUGUUUUAUCCUAACUAAGAUUAAAAUAAUAUUAGAAUACGUUCGGAGAUGUCUUCAUGUAUGUAAGUAGUUCGUAAUGUUGGAGAGAUACGAAUAUGUCAACAAUUAUAUUUUAUAUUCAAAAACAAUUGUACAAUUUUAUUCGAUUCAGAGAUGCUGAAACGCCAAGAAAAGCUAGCCAGCCCAGUCAGGACUGCUGUUCAAACUCUUUUUUUUCAAACUGAAAGCUGAUUUGUUUAACCAUUAUUAUUGUGUUGCAUGUACGGUUUUUCUUAAUAUUGUCAUUAUUUUAAUAAUUAUGAUUUUUUUUCGUUUACUUGAAUUUGAGUCAACCUUGAUUCCUGAUAUCGUCGAUAAGGGUGAAUCGGAGACAGUUAAAAAAUGUUUUCAAGCUCAUACAAGUCUAGAGGGCAACAAUAAUACGUAAUAAUAUAAAAUAUUCAUGUACUUACACAUGUCAGUACGUCGUAAGUCAAUUUUUCAUUAAAGCUGUAAAUGGUCGCUCAGAUUCUGGUAUCUUUGACAGUUAACGAUCAUGGGUAUAGCUUAAACAAGCAUACAUAGUUGGACAUUUGUUUUGUUUGCAAAAGUAAUUAAUCGUUCAAAUUUUUUGGCUAUUAACACACUUAUGUAUAGAAAUUAGCACCUUGCGUAGUACCUGUCAAAAUGUCGACGCAGUUUUUAGUAUUAGAUGAAGAACCAAGUAUAUUUUCAGUUGUUGACGUACGUACAAAUAUUUGAUUACAAAAAAAAAACGAAAAAAAUAGCUCAAACAUAAUUAGGAAUAAUUAUAUUAUAAUACCUAUUAUAAAUACUUGACCUCAGUCCCAAAAUGGAAAAAAAAAAAAACAAUACAAUUUUAAUAGAUUUGAAAAUACGGGGAAUUACUUAUCCAUCUUUUAAAUACCCAAUGAAUCGAGGGACCAAAAUCUCUGAAGAAAGUAAAACUGGAAAGUCCCUUUAUAUUGAAUACCGCAUGCCCUACUUUAUAUCGAAUAUGCAUGAAAUAAUAAAUAAUACAAAUAA